GCGCGCGCAUCCAAACGUAGAUCUCGUGACAGCGAAGGCUUUGAUUUUUCCAGACGAUUACAACGCGUCUAAUUUUUUUUACUGGUUGUAUUAAGUGUCUGGAGUUUGUUGCCUAGCAGCCUGAAGAUGUCUUCUGAUUGGUUGAUAGCUCGCACUCUCUCCAGCGCGAGUUAAAACGCUCGUGAAAGGUGCGCGAGCGCGCUUCAGAACUGUUCCGAACUCCGGUGAACCUCUGAAACCGAGAGCGGCAUCGCUUCUUCACUGAAAACAUUUCGGAACAUUCGGGUUGCAUUAUGUACUUCAGUUUAUCGACAGAGGAGCAACAUCUUCUGAAGUGGGAACAGGGUAAAGAGACAGAUGGAUCCAGCUCACCUCACAAAAGCGCACAAGCUUUCAGUGUAGGCUUAUAGACUGAAGGGCUCACCAUGAUCACGGAUUCAUCAAGUCCGGCAGAGUUCUACGAGGACAACGCAUCGCUGCUGUCCUUGGACUCUAGCGUGUUCUUCAGCGAGCCUGCGCUGCCGAGCGACGACCCACUGGACUUCUUCAUCAUAAAUGUUGGAGGCAGCCGCUACAUCCUCUCUCAGGAACUGCUGGCCUCUCACCCAGAGACUCGCCUGGGCAAGCUGGCGCUCUCCAACCGAGACUCUGCUUUAGAUCUGUGCGAUGAUGCAGAUUUCUUGGAGAACGAGUUUUUCUUCGACCGCAACUCGCAGACCUUUCAGUACAUCAUGAACUUCUACAAGACCGGCCGCUUGCAUGUGCGAGAGGAGCUGUGUGUGAUCUCGUUCCUCCAGGAGAUCGAGUACUGGGGCAUCGAUGAGCUCCGCAUUGACAGCUGUUGCAGGGACAAGUACUACCGUAGGAAAGAGAUGAAGGAGUCGCUGGAUAUCCGUAAGGAUGCUGAUGUAAUUGACAACGAAGAGGAGGACUUCACCGGCGUUUUGUGCCAGGACUUACGCCAACGUCUAUGGGACCUUAUGGAGAAGCCGGACUCUUCUAAGGCAGCCAAGACGUUUGGGACGCUAUAUGUUUUUGUGGUGGUGUCCAUCGUGAACAUGGCUCUGAUUUCGCUGGACUUCACUAUACUUGGUGCACCCAUCAUCUUGGACGCUCUUGAGUACAUUUGUAUCAUUUGGUUCACCGGUGAGCUGGUGCUCAGGUUCAUGUGUGUUAGAGAUAAGUGUAGGUUCAGCAGGAGUGUGGUGAAUAUCAUUGACCUGCUGGCUAUUCUGCCCUUCUAUGUGACUCUGGCCGUGGAGAGCCUUCAUGGAGGAUCUACGGAGCUGGAGAAUGUUGGUCGGGUAGUUCAGGUGCUACGGCUAAUGAGGUCUCUCAGGAUGCUUAAACUUGGCCGACAUUCAACAGGCCUUAAGUCUUUGGGAAUGACGAUCGCCCAAUGCUACGAGGAAGUUGGCCUCCUGAUGCUAUUCCUUUCUGUAGGCAUCUCCAUCUUCGCCACAGUGGAAUACGCCAUCGAACACGACAUUCCAGAGACCACCUUCACAAACGUGCCCAGCGCAUGGUGGUGGGCCACCACGUCCAUGACCACAGUAGGGUACGGAGACAUCCGUCCGGACACGGCCCUGGGAAAGGUGAUGGCCUUCAUCUGCAUCCUAUCCGGCAUUCUUAUUCUCGCUCUGCCUAUCGCCAUCAUCAACGACCGCUUCUCUGCCUGCUACUUCACGCUCAAAAUGAAAGAAGCGGCGCUGAGGCACGGGGAGGCGCUGAAGCGACUGACACGCAGCUCGGCCUCGGAUAUGUCGGCGAUAGGGGUGAACCUGCGGGACGCCUACGCCAGAAGCGUGCUGGAGAUGCUGCGGUUGCAGGGGCGAGAGCGAGCCAGCACACGCAGCAGUGCAGGAGAUCUUUGGUGGUAGAAGUAAGCUUGCAAGCUACCGGAGAGAGAGAGACAGAUAAAGAAUAAGUGAGCGUCUUUUAAGGACCGCAAAUCCUUUAAAGGCCUCAUAUCACGAGUGGUCAAAAUUUGCUUGAUCUUUAGAGUUUUAUUCAUUAGGAAAACUUGCCUCAAAACAUUUUUCGACCAUACUGCAAAAACAACUGAACGUUCACAUGUUUCUGAUGUCACAAAUUUUAUUUUGCGAUUCUGUAACAAUCUAAUACAGCUUUCCAAAGUGGCUAAAGUGGUAAAACUGUAUUACAAAUGAGUGCAAACCUGCAGCUUGCAGACAAAAUGGUGCUGCUAAUUUCACAUACAAAUGGGGCAUUUGAUUAUGUUGCAAUAUAAUGGAAGUAGCAACAGAUCUUUUCUUCCAUACUGUGAUGUACAUUCAUUGGGGACUUGGUUCAGUUGUUGAUUGGAUAAAGGCAGCUGUACAUGUAAACUUGCAGUCAAUUUUUAGAAAGAGGCAUGGUUUAAAUGGAUAGUUCACCCAAAAAUGGCAAUUCUGUCAUCAUUUACGCUCUCAUGUUGUUCCAAAUCUGUAUGACUUCUGUGGAACAUAUUUUGAAUUGAUAUUCUGAAGAAUGCUCAUGGCCAAACAGGUUUUGUUUCUAUUGACUUUACAAAAAAUACAAAUGAAAUCAGUGUGAACCAAAAUUGUUUGGUUGCAAGUAGUCAGAAUAUCUUCUAAAGAGCAUGAGGGUGAGUCAUGAUAAGACAUUUUGAUUUAAAAAAAAAACAUAAAUAAUGAAUGAAUGAAUGAAUGGUUCACAGUAAGAUCAAUAACAUGCAUUUAGAAAAUAGAUUGCUUGAUUUUCCAUUUCAUACCAACAGCAGCAGCAAAAGCAGAAUGGAAAUGAUCUUAAAAUCUACUACAACUGUUAAUAUAAAUUAUAAAUUUUAAAUUGUUAUUAUUACAUUUACAUUUACAUUUACAUUUAGCAGACGCUUUUAUCCAAAGCGACGUACAAAUGAGGUAGGCAAUAGAAGCAAUUAAUGUCAACAAAAGGGCAGUAUGAUGAUCUGAAAUAGCUUCAAAUGAUCUUUUAUCAGUGGCCACACAUAAUGCAGCACUGUCAUCCUUCUGUAUUAUAAUAAUAAAAAAAAAAAAAAUAAAAACAUUGAACCUCAGGGAAAAAAACAAUUAAAGACAAAAGUAUUUUAUGACUUCUUUUUAGGGUGAAGUGCGUGAUUUCUUCACAACUAGUGGCACAAAACAAAUUAGCAAAAAUUAAGACUUUACUUAAACAGGUUUCCCAAUCACCGCCAUUGGCUGGACAACAGUUAACCCUGCCCGAAUCUCGCACCAUUAGCUAAAACAAUGGUGUUAUACUGCUUAAAAGAAUCAACUGAAUCAACUUGCAAAUUACUUUAAAUUGUCUCUAGACAUUAAGCUGGUAUUUUAACAUGAAAUUACAAUCAUGAACAUUAUUUUUUAAAAAUUGCUACAUGCCUGUUCUGUUCAUCUUUGUGCAACUCAUUGAUUGUUUGUAAUAUAAGUAGUUUUUACUGUUCCAUUUGAAGAUAUGUAAUAAAAUCUAUGUCUG